ACCUCCACCAUCAUCAACCCAGCCACUAAUAUUCACUCCUUCUCCGUCUGGACUCCAACCCCUCCUGAAACACCCACAUUUUUAACACAUUUCCACCCAGCAGCAACCAAAGCCACUGCCAGGAGUCCCCCCUACCCCUCUCCUUCCCACCCCCCACUUCCUCAACAUUUAUCCUCCUCCAACUGUGAGUCUGGACCCCCACCGCACCCCAUUAUCCUCUUUUUUGAGAUGGGGAAACCCAAGUUCAGCUGCCGACUUUUUAAGUUUCUCUUCAUUUUUGCUCUUCUCGCGCUCGCGGUGCUCGUGAUCAGCCUGAUCCGAGAUUCGCCGAAACUAAGCCUUGUGUCCACGCGUGAGCGUGCACUCGUUUCCCCAUACACCUACCGGUACGUACAUGAUCAGCCGUUACUAUGCAAGAACAGGAAACCAUUCCUGGUCUUUAUGGUUCCGGUGGCUCCACAGGAGACAGAAUCCCGAGCCGUCAUCAGGAGAACUUGGGCCAACGUUUCUGUUUCUGGAAGUUUGAAUACCCUCACUGUUUUCUUUAUGGGUGUCCCUGAAGAACCAGUGUCCAAGGCGUCCACUGUCCUGCUGGAGAACGAGAGCAGGACUCAUAUGGACAUUGUCCAGAUGAAUUUCAGGGACAGCUACCAGAACUUGACCAUCAAGACAGUGAUGAUGAUGCACUGGGUUGCAACCCACUGUCCUGAAGCCUCUUAUGUGAUGAAGGUGGAUGCAGACAUCUUUGUAAAUGUCUUUUACUUGGUAAGGUGGCUGAAGACCAGCUCACGCCAUGAGUUUAUCACUGGGUCAGUCAUCACUGAUGGAAGACCCAGGAGAGACCAUAACAGUAAAUGGUACGUGUCCCAGGAGCAAUAUCCAGAAGACACCUUCCCUGCCUACACCUCUGGAGCUGGAUACGUCUUGUCCACAGACCUGGCCUCCAGAAUCACCUGGGCCUGUCAGUUCGUCCCCUUGAUCUCUCUAGAGGACGUCUACAUUGGCUUAUGUCUGAGGGUUCUAGGGAUCCGGCCCAGCUACGGCAUCAGCCUGCCUACGCUUAGGAACCUGUUUGAGAUCCGAAAUCUGGAGUAUGACCGAUGCACUUUUUCCAGGCUUAUCCUUGUUAAUGGCUUUAACCCGUCCAGGCUGCUGGAAGUGUGGCAGGACUUUGUGGAAGGUCAAAGCAGAUGUUGAAUGUGAAGCUAACCAUGCUGAAAACUGGAGUCAGAGGAGAAAGUUUUGUUCCACUGCCACAGUCCAAGCAAAAGGUGAUCCAUGCUCUUCAGCUCAACAAACUCAUCAUGUCAACUGCAUGUUAACCAUUUAAGCUAGUAGCAAAUUUGUCACUGAACGUACUCUCCCCUGGUUUGUACUUUUUUAAACCACAUAAACUCAGUGUUUAAUGCUCUUAGGUGACUUACAAAAAGCCUUACAGUUUAGUUUAGAAGGGCAAGUGCUAUACAAAGACAAGUUCAUGGAUCAAAUUGAAUUUUUUUAGCCUUGAUAGUUCUUUAUUACAGUAAGAUUGCCCAUCCUUCAAGUUUCACCAAUUUUAUCUGACUCAGGAUUUUACCAAGUUCAUCGUAAUAAUCAGGUUUAGAUGUAGAUUUCAGGAUUUCUUCCAAGAUGCUUUAGUGAAAGAGCAUUUAAUAAUACUUUG